AUGGUCCCUCCGCUGGUCAAAAACAUCGAGCGCUCUCUUAAGAAUCCGUUUCAAUACACUAAGGACGUAAAGAUGCAUCUGGUAAACGCAGAUAGCAGUAAUCUCAAUCUUCCGCCUGUGUGUGUUGCUUUCAAGCUCUUCACUCAAAUGGGUUCAAUGGUGAGUGUCGCAGACUGGCUUGACUCCUUCGAGUGUAUUCUUGAAAGCAGAAACCAGAAAAUCAAGAAGGAAGACUUGGAUGCCACGUUUUUUCAAUCAGUCAGCGAUCUUCAGUUCCUCGGCCUUCUGAAACCCACACAGCGAAAAACCGAUCACGUCCAGAAAGUCACCUGGGCACUUUGA